UUAAGCCGAAACGUGUAGUUUGUAAACAAAAGUAUUUAUUAGCAAUGGGAUUUCGGGUUUUAGAACUGUUCAGCGGCAUUGGCGGCAUGCAUUAUGCAUUUAAAUACGCGCAACUAGAAGGAGAAAUUGUGGCCGCCAUGGAUGUGAACACUGUGGCCAAUGCUGUUUAUGCGCAUAACUACGGCAGUAAUGUCGUAAAAACCAGGAAUAUCCAGAGUCUGAAUGCAAAGGAAGUUGCGAAACUGCAGGCCAACCUGCUUCUGAUGUCCCCGCCCUGCCAGCCCCACACUCGCCAAGGGUUGCAAAGGGACACGGAGGACAAGCGGUCGGACGCACUUACUCACCUUUGUUCGCUCAUUCCGGAGUGCAAAGACCUACAGUACAUCCUCAUGGAAAACGUCAAGGGAUUUGAGAGCUCGCAGGCGAGGAAUCAGUUUAUUGAGGCUCUGGAGAAGGCGGAAUUCCAUUGGCGGGAGUUCAUACUGACGCCCACACAAUUUAAUGUUCCAAAUACCCGAUAUCGCUACUAUUGCAUUGCCCGCAAAAAUCAGGAUUUUCCAUUUGCUGGCGGCAAGAUCUUGGAGGAAAUGCCAGGGGUCAAGACCGGGGAUCAGAUUCUCUCCCAAAUAUCUCAGAUCUUGGACAAAAAUGUAACUUCCGAUUUCCUAGUGCCCGAUGAUGUUUUAACCAAAAGGGUUAUGGUCAUGGACAUAAUCCAUCCCACGCAAAGUAGAUCCAUGUGCUUUACGAAGGGCUACACCCACUAUACCGAGGGCACGGGAUCUGCAUUUACACCCUUGUCAGAGGCGGAAUCCCAUCGGAUCUUUGAGCUGGUCAAGGAAAUCGACGAAAGUAAUCAGGAAACCGGGAAAUCGGAGGAGGUUUUGCAGCAGCGAUUGGAUCUCUUGCAUCAAGUGAAACUGCGCUAUUUCACACCUCGCGAAGUGGCCCGUCUGAUGAGUUUUCCCGAAGAAUUCGAGUUUCCCGCAGAAACAACGAAUCGACAAAAGUAUCGCCUGCUGGGAAAUAGUAUUAAUGUUAAGGUUGUAGGUGAAUUGAUAAAAUUGUUGACUUUAAAAUAAAUGGU